UGAUUUGAAUGUAACGCAAGCAGGUGACUGUUAAUGCGGAAGUGAUACAGAGGGAAAAACAUUAGUUGGAAAUCCGACUUGAAUCUGAUUUAAAUAAUAUUUAAUAAAAUAUCUAGAUAUAUAUUUAUAUAAUGGCGGUAAACGCGGUGCAUUUAGAGUCGGACGCUUUUCUGGUUUGUAUGAAUCACGCUUUGAGUACAGAGAAAGAAGAAGUUAUGGGGCUCUGCAUUGGGGAGGUCGACACCAAUCGUAUUGUCCACAUUCACUCGGUUAUUAUUCUGCGGCGGUCUGACAAGAGGAAGGACCGAGUGGAGAUUUCACCUGAGCAGCUUUCUGCAGCCUCCACUGAAGCUGAGAGGUUGGCUGAGAUGACGGGGCGUCCUGUAAGGGUGGUGGGAUGGUACCACUCUCAUCCUCACAUCACUGUGUGGCCGUCACACGUCGAUGUGAGGACGCAGGCCAUGUACCAGAUGAUGGAUCAGGGUUUUGUGGGUCUCAUCUUUUCUUGCUUUAUAGAAGAUAAGAACACGAAGACGGGUCGAGUUCUGUACACGUGUUUUCAGUCAGUACAAGCCCAGAAAGGCUCCGAGUACGAGAGGAUCGAGAUUCCCAUCCAUGUGGUUCCUCACGAGGCCAUCGGAAAAGUGUGUCUGGAAUCUGCGGUGGAACUUCCCAGAAUUCUCUGUCAGGAGGAACAGGACACGUACAGGAGGAUUCACAGCUUAACUCAUUUGGAUCCAAUCACAAAGAUACACAAUGGAUCAGUAUUCACUAAAAACCUCUGCAGUCAGAUGUCAGCAGUUAGUGGACCGCUGUUGCAGUGGCUGGAGGAUCGACUGGAGCAGAACAAAAAGAGCAUCGUGGAGCUGCAGAAAGAGAAAGAGAGACUGACGCAGGAGCUGGCCUCGUUAUGAACACCUUCAUCACCAUCAUCAUCAUCACCAACACCAUGGUGCAGCUCCAGUUCUCCAUGUUCUGUAUUUUAAUCUAUUGUGUAAAGUGUCUGGUGCGCUGAACAGAAACUCUAGCUCAGUAACUGGUGGUGUGUGUGUGUGUGUGUGUGUGUGUGUGUGUGUGUGUGUGUGUGUGUGUGUUGAGACCCUUGUCACAAUUUCUUUUUUUUUUUUUACUGUCAUGUGACAGAAAUGUAAAUAGUUUCUUUACUAAAUAUUUCUCUGUUUUGUUCUACAUUACGUCCUUUAUUUCUUUACUGUCCUUAUAUACCAAAUAAAACACACACACACACACACACACACACCUUAUAUUUUAGUGUAAAAUAAACUGGGCAGAAACUCUUAUAAUCUCAUUGUUUAUUGCAGCACUUUCCAUUCAUCCAGAAGUAUUCAGACUACAUUGUAGUUUUAAUUUUAGUGUUUAGUCGAGUUUUAGAUUAGAUUAAUAUCCACCAGGUCACGUGACUAAUGUUAACAAACGAACCCAACACAGUCAGGAAGUUAUGAGCUAAUACAUUUCACUAAUUUAAUAUGAAUCCCACUUUUAUUUAGUUCAUUUAACAAGUCACAAUAUAAAAUAAAAUGAGGCUGUGUCUUUAUGAGCUGCUCGUCAUAGAGCAUCGAGUCACUUCUUAGCAAAGACGUCUCAGAGGUUUGAUCGACGUCGAUUACAUCAAAGUCUGAGGCCUGAAUAUUAGUUUAAAUAUGUUUCUUAAACUCAAAAACACACUGUGUGUAAAAAUAUAAAGUCUAUAUGAAUAAAUGCACUGGAAAUAAUAAUAAAAAAAAACAAUAACAAAAAAAAACCAAAACAAAAUAAAUAGGAGUAGAUGGUGAAUUGGGAUUCAGCCUUUAGGUCUCUGGUGAGAUUCCUAUUAAUUAUUCAUUAUUAAUAUUAUCAGUAGGUUUAUCUUUAUAAAUAUGGACACACACACACACACACACACACACAUUAAUUAGAAUAUAGAAUAUCGUCAUAUCUUUGGCUUCGAAUGUAUAUUUUUAUUAUAUUUAAGACCUGUAGGCUGCAGGAUGUAGACAUGUUUUAAAAUGUAAUUUUCUUUUACAUAAAAAAAAUAAAUAAUUUUUUUUUUCUUGA